AUGCUCCUGGUGCUGCUGCUCCUGCUGCUGCUGCUGCUGCUGCUGCUGCUGCUGGCGGUGGUGGUAGUGGUGGGGGUGGGGGUGGCGCUGCUGCAGCAGGAGGGAGAGGAAGAAGGAAAGCGUCAGCAGCGUCAGCAGCAGCAGCAGCAGCAGGAGCAGGAGCACCAUCAUCAUCAGCAGGAGGACCCGGAGCAGCGCCUCCAGCAUCAUCAUCAUCAGCAGCAGCGGAAGCAGCAGCAGCAAAAGCAACAGCAGCAGCAGCAGCAGCAGCAACAGCUCGGUAUCGAUCAGUAUGCGGUGUACGCGCUGUGGAUGCACAGCGACGAGGAGAGGCAGCGGCUGGAGGCGACGCUGAGAAAGGUGCUUGAGUCUGAGGAUGCAGCAGCAGCAGCAGCAGCAGCAGCAGCAGCAACUGCUGCAGCAACGAAAGCACCACCACCAGGUGGAGGACCUUUUCAGCAGCAGCAGCAGCAGCAGCAGCAACAGCAGCAGCAGCAGCAGGCUCUGCUGUCGGUUAUUACUGGCGGCGUGCCCAUCCCCAGCGGCUUCGAGAAGUCUUACAGCCGUGCUGCGCAGUGUGCCUCAGCAGAAGCAGCAGCAGCAGCAGCAGCAUCAGCAGCAGCAGCAGUACCAGCAGCAGCAGCAUCAGCAGCAGCAGCAGCAGCAGAAGAGGAAGAUGCAGCACCGCCUAGAACAAGAAGCGUUCCAUCUUCUGGUGAGGGAAGCAAAACCAUCAUCAGUUUGCUGCGGCAGCAACGAGAGAGGCAGCAGCAGCGAGAGAAGCAGCAGCAGCAGCAGAAAGAGAAACAGCAGCAGCAGCAGCAGCAGCAACAGCAGCAACAGCAACAGCAGCAGCAGCAGCAAACCUGCGACCCAGCGGCUUGUGAUGCUGCUGGCUCAAAGAGGGAGGGCGACAAACGCCACGUUGCGCAUGCAGAACCAGCAGCAGCAGCAGCAGCAGCAGCAGCAGCAACAGCAGCAACAGCAGCAGCAGCCAGGCCGCCAACAGCAGCAUCAGCACCAGCAGCCUACCCAAGGGAGUGCUCUCCUCAUCGCCUCCUUCAGAUGAUCACUCGGGAUGUAUCGGGGGGCGCAGCAGCGCGCGAAAGAGCUGCCACAGCAGAAGCAGCAGCAGCAGCAGCAGCAGCAACAGCAGCAGCAGCAAAGCGGGAAGAGGAAACCCUAGUGGUGUCGCGUGCUGCUCUUAAGAAGGCGAUUGCUGCUGCGCUGCAGAGCGAUGAGUUCGAGGACCUCGUGUGGCGGCAGCUGCAGCAGCAGCAGCAGCAGCAGCAACAGCAGCAGAAGCAGCAGCAGCAACCGCGACAGCAGGAACAAUCUCUCUAUCAAAAGCUUAGCAGCAACAAACGGAGAGAUGCUGCUGCUCCUCCUUGA